AUGCUUACAAGGAACUGUUUAUCCCUGCUGCUCUGGGUCCUGUUUGAUGGAGGUCUCCUAACACCACUUCAACCGCAGCCACAGCAGACUUUAGCCACUGAACCAAGAGAGAAUGUUAUCCACCUACCAGGACAACGAUCACAUGUCCACCGAGUUAAACGUGGCUGGGUAUGGAAUCAAUUUUUUGUGCUGGAGGAAUACAUGGGCUCCGAGCCUCAGUAUGUGGGAAAGCUCCAUUCCGACUUAGAUAAAGGAGAGGGCACCGUAAAAUACACCCUCUCGGGAGAUGGCGCCGGCACCGUUUUUACCAUUGAUGAAACUACAGGGGACAUUCAUGCCAUAAGGAGCCUGGAUAGAGAGGAAAAACCUUUCUAUACCCUUCGUGCUCAGGCUGUGGACAUAGAAACCAGGAAGCCCCUGGAACCUGAAUCAGAAUUCAUCAUCAAAGUGCAGGAUAUUAAUGAUAAUGAGCCGAAGUUUUUGGAUGGACCUUACAUUGCUAGUGUUCCAGAAAUGUCUCCUGUGGGUGCCUAUGUUCUCCAAGUCAAGGCCACGGAUGCUGAUGACCCAACCUAUGGAAACAGUGCCAGAGUCGUUUACAGCAUUCUUCAGGGACAACCUUAUUUCUCUAUUGAUCCCAAGACAGGUGUUAUUAGAACAGCUUUGCCAAACAUGGACAGGGAAGUCAAAGAACAAUACCAAGUCCUCAUCCAAGCCAAGGAUAUGGGCGGACAGCUGGGAGGGUUAGCUGGAACGACAAUAGUCAACAUCACCCUCACGGAUGUCAAUGACAAUCCACCUCGAUUCCCCAAAAGCAUUUUCCAUCUGAAAGUUCCUGAGUCUUCCCCUGUUGGCUCAGCUAUUGGAAGAAUAAGAGCCGUGGACCCUGAUUUUGGACAAAAUGCAGAAAUUGAAUAUAAUAUUGUUCCAGGAGAUGGGGGAAAUUUGUUUGACAUCGUCACAGAUGAGGACACACAAGAAGGAGUUAUCAAAUUGAAAAAGCCAUUAGACUUUGAAACAAAGAAAGCUUACACUUUUAAAGUAGAGGCCUCCAACGUUCACCUGGACCACCGGUUUCACUCCGCGGGCCCUUUCAAGGACACGGCCACGGUGAAGAUCAGCGUGUUGGACGUGGACGAGCCGCCGGUGUUCAGCAAGCCACUCUACACCAUGGAGGUUUAUGAGGACACUCCCGUGGGGACCAUCAUAGGUGCGGUCACCGCGCAAGACCUGGACGUGGGCAGCAGCGCCGUUAGGUACCUCAUAGAUUGGAAGAGUGAUGGGGACAGCUACUUUACAAUAGAUGCUACUGAAGGAACCAUCGCCACUAAUGAAUUACUAGACAGAGAAAGCAUCGCGCAGUAUAAUUUCUCCAUAAUUGCGAGUAAAGUUAGUAACCCAUUAUUAACCAGCAGAGUCAACAUAUUAAUUAAUGUCCUAGAUGUCAAUGAAUUUCCUCCAGAAAUAUCUGUGCCAUAUGAGACAGCUGUGUGUGAAAAUGCCAAACCAGGACAGAUAAUUCAGAUAGUCAGUGCUGCAGACCGAGAUCUUUCACCUGCUGGACAACAAUUCUCCUUUAAAUUAUCACCUGAAGCUGCCAUCAAACCAAAUUUUACAGUUCGUGACUUCAGAAACAACACAGCUGGAAUUGAAACCCGAAGAAAUGGAUACAGCCGCAGGCAGCAAGAGUUGUAUUUCCUCCCCGUUGUAAUAGAAGACAGCAGUUAUCCUGUCCAGAGCAGCACAAACACAAUGACUAUUCGAGUUUGUCGAUGUGACUCUGAUGGUACCAUCCUGUCUUGUAACGUGGAAGCAAUUUUUCUACCUGUAGGACUUAGCACUGGGGCUUUGAUUGCAAUCCUUCUGUGCAUUGUUAUACUCUUAGCCAUAGUUGUGCUGUAUGUAGCUCUGCGACGGCAGAAGAAGAAAGACACCUUGAUGACCUCUAAAGAAGACAUCAGAGACAACGUUAUCCAUUAUGAUGAUGAAGGAGGCGGGGAGGAGGACACCCAGGCUUUCGACAUUGGUGCUCUGAGAAACCCAAAAGUGAUUGAAGAUAACAAAAUUCGCAGGGAUAUAAAACCAGACUCUCUCUGUUUACCUCGUCAGAGACCACCAGUGGAAGAUAACACAGACAUAAGGGAUUUCAUUAAUCAAAGGCUACAAGAACAUGAUGUGGACCCCACAGCCCCACCAUAUGAUUCAUUGGCAACAUAUGCCUAUGAAGGCAACGGAUCAGUAGCUGACUCUCUCAGCUCCAUAGAGUCUCUGACCACGGAAGCGGACCAGGACUACAACUACCUAACAGACUGGGGACCCCGCUUUAAAGUCUUGGCAGACAUGUUUGGAGAAGAAGAGAGUUAUAACCCUGAUAAAGUCACUUAG